UCCCUACAAACGGAAGUACCAAGUGGCCACCUCUCCAUGGACCUUUCUUAACAUAAACGCGAAGAGGAGAGGAGAGGAGAGGAGAAGUAGAGGAAUCCAUGGACCUUAGCAUUUCUUGCCACUCCUUCACCUCAUUUUACCAGCAAAUUACAUCUCCAAACUCCAGUUCUCUUAAAUGCCGCUGUGUUAAAACGACAUCGGAGCUACAAACUUCAGUAGGAGUGAACGAUCGAACGGGCAACUCUCCGUCGAUUCCACCUCGUAAAGUCACUGUUCAUGAUCGGCAACGAGGAGUGGUUCACGAGUUCCUUGUUCCAGAGAACCAGUAUAUAUUGCACACAGCGGAAUCACAGAACAUCACGCUUCCAUUUGCUUGCAGGCACGGUUGUUGCACUAGUUGUGCUGUACGUGUAAAAUCAGGACAACUUAGACAGCCAGAAGCUCUAGGGAUCUCUGUUGAGUUGAAGUCGAAGGGACCUUGUAGAAGGGCAGAUUUUUGGAUGUGCUCUUUACACCAACGUUGCACAAUUUGUAGAGGCAACAACCUAAAAUUCUGUUUAGUGGAUGAGAGAGUUCAGGGGGGAAAAAAAAGGACGAAAAAGACAACGAAAUUCUGAAUUGCAUAUACCAAGCCUCUCAAUAAAGCACGGUAUGAUUUCCUGGAAUAAA